UUGAGCCGGAGAACCCCUUUCGGACGCGGAAGGGAAGGUGAAACAGCAUCUGUAGGGUCGGUACCCGUCAGACAGUUGCUUCCAUAGAGCCCUCUGCCGCUCGAUUGCUGGAAAGGUGGUGUCUCGGCAGGCUUGGGCCUUCUUGACUAGGAAGAUUUGGAUGAAGUCAUGACCAGGUGGGCUCGAGCUAAUGUCACACACAACAAGAAGGCUCUGGAUGCAACUCCAUGGGAAUCUAUGAAGAAUGAUGCCACUGAAACCACAACAACUAAUAGAAAGCAAAGCUCUUCAAACUGGCUUUCCUUGAAGAGUACCCAGGGGAAAAAGAAAAAUAAGAAGAAAAAAGACUAUUUGAAUGAAGAUGUCAAUGGUUUUAUGGAAUAUUUAAAACAGAACUCUCAGGUGUUGCAUGAAGGACAGGUAAUCCACAGUCAUGAAGCAAAGGAUGACAUAGCAAACGUCUUGAAAAAAGACCAGCGGCGAGAGGGGAGAAGAAUGAAAAGACAGGAAAUAAAGAAGAACACAAUGGUGUGCUUCCACUGCAGAAAGCCAGGACAUGGGGUUGCAGAUUGCCCAGCUGUACUUGAAAGCCAAGAUAUGGGAACUGGAAUUUGUUACCGUUGUGGAUCUACAGAGCAUGAAAUCAGCAAAUGCAAAGCAAAAAUAGAUCCAGCUCUUGGUGAAUUUCCAUAUGCGAAAUGUUUUAUUUGUGGUGAGAUGGGACAUCUCUCAAGGUCAUGUCCUGAUAAUCCUAAAGGACUCUAUGCUGAAGGAGGUUCUUGCAGGAUUUGUGGAUCUGUGGAGCACUUUAAAAAAGAUUGUCCAGAGAAUCAAAAUUCAGAUCGAGUAGUAACUGUUGGUCGAUGGCUCAGAGGAAUGAGUGCAGAUUACCAAGAAAUUCUAGAGGGCCCUAAACAGCAAAAACCCAAACCAAAAGUAACUAAAGUUGUUAAUUUCUGACAACUGCUAUCUUCCAUCAUUCUUUACAAUGACUCACAGUGUAAGACUUAAACUUGUAGUAAUAAAUGUGGACUGUGAACUAUAGUUCUAGGAGAAGCCAUAAUCACACUAUCACUCUCUGAGAUGUUGUUCACUAAAUAAAAUCCUAACUCAAAUGGAGGCUUCCUGGGUAGGAAAGGAAAUGCUGUACAGGAGGACAAAUUGCAGAAAGUGGUUGUAUGACAGUAUCUGUCUCAACAGUAAGGUUUACUGGUUUACCAACCAGCCUGUCACUCAUUAACAUGUUGCUUAGUGAUGUAGUGAUACCAAUAAGCAAAGGGCAAGGGGAGAUAAUAGGCCAGUCUCCUUUUUAUAAAUGAAACUCAAUGCUGUGACAAAAGAUAUCUCAAAAUGAAAUUGAAUCUUCUUUUAGUGUUGCUAGGGUUAUCCUUUGAAGUUCUCAUCCUCACCAUGGACAUAGAAAUGGGACAGCUAAACUGGAUACUUGCAUGUAUAAAUGAGUAUCUAAAAGCCAUGUUAAAACAUUGCUGGAAGCAGAGUUGAUCUUGCAGCAUGAGUAACUUAAUGCCAAUGACAUUAUUCUAUUUUUUCAGUUGAAUCAACUACUUGGUAAAGUCAUUCUCCCCCCCCCCGCCCAAUAAACCAAUAUAAUAAAAUCUUAUGUACCUAGUUCUUGUGUUUUCUGAAUGAUUGUAUUCUUUGCAGUAUUAUAGUUUGCAAUUUCUUUUUUGUUGACUACUUACUGUCUGCUGUGACAUCAGGAUAAUCACAUAUUUAGUCAUUAACUACCAUUUUUUGCCUUAAAAUUACUUCAGCAGUUCCAAGGUAUGUUUCCUGGCAGAUCUGAUAAUGGCACUGCCCAUGUGGCUUUUGGAAGAACUUUUCCCAGCAAUAUUAGUUUUCAUUUACUUUAGAGGAGCAUCACAGCUUGAGGAAGGGCUAUAGCUUAGUGUUAGAACUUUGCAUGCAGCAUGUCCCAGGUUGAGUCAUCUGCUCCUCCAGGUAGGGCUGGAAAGAUCCCUGUCUGAAACCCUGGAGACAGUGCAGACAAUACCAAGCUCUGUGUACCAAGGAUCUGACUCUGUGUAAGGCAUGUAUAGACCCUAUGUAAAACAGUCUUAAUUGCAAAAUCAUGAAUUACAUAAAAACAAUUGUCACCUGAAAUUAACAAUAGAAUAGGCAAAUUCUUUAUAACAGAAAUGUACAUUUACAUCCAAAGUGAUUUUUAAAAAAACAAAAUCUGUAUAUUUUAAAUGUUGUGUAUGUAUUGCAUUGACAAGCUUUCUGAGGAUUCUAAAAGAAUGAAAUUUUUGUGACAGAAAAUGUAUUUAUUUACUAAAUUUGUCAUCCAACAGACACUACAAUGAUAUGGCAUAUUGUGAUAGCAUAUACAGAUCCAGAUCAUAAAAGCAAGUAGGAACUGAUUUGCCAGCUUGAUAAGCACUAGUGUUAAUGACAGUUUAUACAUAAGAGUUAAAGGUCUGCUGGUCACUUCAACCAGUAUUGCUUGCUAAAUACAGUUCAUUGCGCUGCUAUUUAACUCCAAGAACUGGAUGCACACAGAAGCCGUAUCCUCAAUUGAUUUUGAUACACCAGCAAGAUUUGCAGCAACGCAAGGCAUAAUACCAGGUGAACUUUGGAUGCAGUAAGACAC